CAGCAGACCACCAAUCAACGGAAAGAGCCGAUGACGUCGGCUCUGUCAUGUGAUCAGCUAUGUCCAAUCACAGCUGAUCGCACUGAUCAUCAGUACCCUGAUGAUAAGUGUAGCCCAUCAGUGCCACUGUCAGUAUCAAUGCCACCUGCCAGUGCCCAUCAGUGCCACAUCAAUGCCACAUAUCAGUACCUACCAGUGCACAUCAAUGCCACAUAUCAGUGCCCAUCUGAGCUGCCUUUCAGUGCCACCUAUCAGUGCCAGUCAGGGCCGCCUAUCAGUGCCAGUCAGUGCCGCAUAUCAGUGCGCAUCAGUGCACCUAUC